AUGGUCGACGAGAUGGACGACAGAUACAGCGCGGUUGGUGGGAGUGCGAAUGACUUACACAGUCACAAUGAUAGAUCUUCUCUGUUUGACAAUUACGCACGAAAACAUGGUACUAGUAGUAACAAUAGCAAUGGUAAUGGCAAUCGCACUCAUGGCAAUCAUGGCAAUCAUGGCUCCUACAACAAUACUUACAAACCCACUCGCAACGACAAUUCUUCUGUUAUGAGAGUAUACGAGCAUCGACCCAGCCUCAAUCACACUCACACUCAAAGUCAUCCAGUCAGUAUCAGUGACGAUGACAAAUAUAGCGAUAGCCUUGGGCGUAAUUCACCUAAAAAACGCGUCUCUCGUGGUGCUGAGCGUGUUUUUGCAGAUAACGGUGUUGUUCCAGUCAAGUAUGAUGAUAGCAGUCCCACGGCAACGCGCACUCAAUCGCAACAUCCUGAUCUCAAUUAUAAGGACAGCCGUCUCGCUGCACAGGCUAGAAGUGCACUCGAAAAACAGAAAACUGUCAAUUCAAAAUGGUCCACAUCGGCAGAAGGGAGUUAUUCAAGGUUCGAUUCUGAUAGACAGCCCACUCGUUAUGACUCUCGUACAUUUUCACCUUCAACUAGUUACGCUGCUGCUCAUCGCGAUCGUGGUCGUGAUUUUCGUACGAAUUUUGAGUCUGAUCGUGAUUAUGAUCGUGAAUAUGAACGUGAGUAUCAACGUGAGUAUGAGCCAGUUUACAAGCGUGAUUAUCACUACCAACAUCACUACCCACACGAAUACGAUCAUCAUUACGACUACGACGGCAAUCUUCAGCAGCUCGAUUAUAGACGCCGUCCUCCACCUGGAUACACUGGCGGAUAUAGAGGUAACAGCUACAACCCGCAUAUAACUGCACAAAGGCCUCCUCCGAAAAAGCGACAUACUCCUCCUAGAACCUCUCGCAGACCCUCCCCAAGAACCUAUCGCGACAGGGAUUAUGAUUUCGAUUAUACCCAGCCAUCUUCUCAAUACCCCCCUGCAAACAUUGCGAAACAUGAACUCCCAGCAAAGCCAGUCAGUAUAUACUCGCCAAUGCCUCAAUCCUCUAUACCACCCCACAAACGACAGUACUCACUUGAACGAGAAGAGUCGCCUUCAAAAUCAUUUCAGCUGGUCGAUCCAACUCGACCACCAAUAAAGCCAGAGGGAAAACAAAACUACCUCAUAAAAGACGGCAAAAAGCGUUUUGAUGGUGAUGGGCUGUUGACGCAGCCCAGUGAUCCGCGCAAGAAUAGGCAUUUGUUUGUCGAGCGAAUCAACCACGAAAAGAAUAGAAACAGGUAUUCAAACAACUUGAUCUUUCUCAAGAGCUUUAUACACGACGAACAUUCCUUGCAACCUCCACCAACAUCUUGCAUCUGUAUAAAGGGCAUACCAUCUGCACUCACUGAAAAUGAUCUUAACACUUAUUUCAAAGGAAAGUACAAAACGUUCAAAAGUAUGAAAUUACAUUACGAUAGAAGUACCGGUGCUUUCUUGGGUCUUGUUUGGAUUAGUUUUCGUAAAUACACUGACGCUGAAGCGUGUAUCGAUGAGUUUCAUGGAGCCAAAAAUUUCAACCUCGGUAAGGCACACAUAGGCUCAGUUCCACCGAUACAAGUCCGUCCAGAUGAGGAUGGCAAUGUAUACCAUAAAGUAGUCGAUGACUUUUACAAGAAGCGCGAGGAGAAUGAAAGUCGAGCUAGAAGGGAAAGGGAGGAGAAGAGGAGGAAGGAGGCAUCUCGCAAAGCCGCAGAGAGUCAAGCAAGUCAAGUAAAUCAAGCACCUAAAGUACUGCCUACACCUUCUACUAAAAUUGGUUUCAAUCCAAACCAACAAACACCAACUAGACCAGGACCAGGACAAAGUGUUCUUGGGAAAACUUCGUGGUUGAGUAGUGCAAGUAAGCCUUCGAAUUUGGCACACACUCCCUCACAUCCGAAACCUUUGGAGAUGGCUAAAGCUGGUAGCGAGGAUACAGAAGAUGAAGACGAGUGGGAUGAUCUGCACGGUGAUGAGAUAUUCAGAGGUAGAUCUGAUAACAUGCUCACGAGAAAGAAGGAGUCACCUGUGAAAAAUUCUCAACACCACCCCGAUGCGAUACAACAAGACGCACACCAAGCUGAGAUUUCGAUUGAGGAGAAAAUUAAGAAGAACGGCAAUGCGCAUAUAUUUAUCGAUAAAUCAAGUCUACCUGUGCAUUCAGUGGAUGUAGUAGAUGUUCGUGCAUUUUUCGGACAGUUCAAGGUAUCAGAUGUACUAAAAAACGACGAUGGAUGGUUCGUCCUGUUCACAAAACCUGGUAUAGCAGGACGCGCUAUGACUACCUCCGAUGGCAAACAGUGUUCUGGAUUUACAAUGCAUUUGCAGCUGCGCGAUCCACGAGCUCAGCAGCUCGAGACGCUCAAUGAUAUCAAUAAGGACAAGGUGAAGCUGUCGGAUAAGCGAACAUUCUCCGAGGAGCCACAUGAUUCACACGAUAUGGACGAUAUGGACGUGGUUCUCAAAUUAAAUCGUCCCCUCCAGUCUCAAAAGUCGAAACGUGGUCGGGUUAUGAAAUCGAAAAACAAACACAUGGUCGAUUUCACCAGCAGCGAAGGUGAAAGUGGAGAUGAGAAGCAGUCUACUGUUGUAGAAAAGGAGCCUGCUUUUGAGCGUUUUGAAUUUGCUGAGGGUGUUGACGGUAUUAGGAAAAAUGUCGCUGAUGUCGCUUAUGACGGCAGAGACGAUCGAGCACACGUCAACGGUCAUGUCAAGCGCGAUUUUGAUACUGUCAAUCAACAUAAUAAUGUUGAAAUUGCCGCUAAGGACAAUCAGAAUGAUGCUUCUACUUUUGUCGAUAAUCUAAACAAUGCUGAAGCUGGUUUCAUUGGCAACCAGAGCAUCUAUGAAAUUAAGACUACAAACAAACCCGCUGAUAUGAUCAAGACCGAAUCAGAGCAAACAACCUCGACUGAUAACGCACCGGAUAAUAAGUUUAGGAGUAAAAAGGCUUCCAAGGCCAAGAAAGUUCCUGUUUCUAAGAGAAAGACGAGUAAGGCAACCAAGAAGUCUAGCAAAAAUGCACUCAAAACUCCACCACCGGCUGCAUCAUCAGCCAAGUCAGAAGAAUCUGCACAGUCUGACAUCUCCGAAGAGGCGGAUGAUCCUCAUCAUCUAUAUACACCUAAGAACACGAUACCUACACCUCCCCUAAAUGUACCUCCAUUUGACCCAAUCUCUGAUCCAAGCCGGCCCUACACCAAGACCGACAUACUAUCAAGCGACCUCGUCAACUCCGAAGAAGAUCUUUACUACCUAAAAACUGUUAUUGACCGAGAAGCUAGGAAGUUACCAACGACCAUCCAAGAAUUGCUGCAAUGUCACAAUUACACACCUCCAGACUGGAAGGACGAUUUACGAUUCUCGAUUUUCAAUAGCCCUGAAAAGACUGAUGAAAAUGCGCCAUGGCGGCCGCCUGUGCAUGCAACAGGAAGUGCGAGAUCGGAAGGAAUUUAUCCCAUACCCGAAACAGAGAAGGCGUUCUAUCUUCCGCAGAGAAAUAAAGUUACCAAGGCAUCCAGGCAGCAUGGGGAUAGAGAUAAUGUUAGUUCGCGCGCCAACAGAUCAAACGCUCGCUCUCUCGUUCAUGGUCUUACGGGUGGUGCUACGGAUGGUGAAAUACUCAAAUUCAACCAGCUUCGCACACGUAAGAAAGAGCUCAAAUUUGCCAAGUCAAGUAUACAUAGCUGGGGUCUUUACAGCUGCCAAGUCAUACCGAAAGGUGAAAUGGUGAUUGAGUAUGUCGGUGAAGUGGUCAGACAGCAGGUCGCGGAUAGGAGAGAGAAGGCAUACGAGAAGCAGGGUAUAGGUAGCUCGUAUUUGUUUAAGAUCGACGAUGACAAUAUUGUUGAUGCUACAAUGAAAGGUAGCGUGGCACGUCUAAUUAAUCACUGCUGCCAGCCAAACUGUACUGCUAAAAUCAUCACCAUUCUCGGAGAGAAGAAGAUAAUCAUCUAUGCCAAGGAGGAGAUUUCACCAGGGGAUGAGAUCACAUAUGACUACCACUUCCCUAUUGAGGAUGAGAAGAUUCCGUGUCUCUGUGGUGUCGAUGGUUGUAGAGGAUCGCUUAAUUGA